AUGAACGAUGGUUCGCCUACUAGGCUUGUAGCUCCAAAUCAGCAGGUAACUGCUCCAGAUGUUACAAUCUGCUCCCGAGAUAUUGCACAAAUAAGUCAUUGGCAACUUACUUCUGAUACAUUAGGUUCGGACCAUUUUCCUAUUCUUAUGUUUAUUCGUCUAUCUUUCCAAGUAUAUGACACAAUCUAUCCUAAGUAUAAGUGGAAUAUGAAAAAAGCCAAUUGGAGUUUGUAUCAUGACUUAUUGGAAGAUAUUUUCGAUUCUACUCCAGAAUUUUACUCCACUCAAAGUAAAUACGAUUAUCUCAUUGAAAAGAUCAAUGCUGUUAGCGAGAUCUCCAUCCCUAUACUAAUGCCAUUUAAAGCUAAGAAACGGCCACCCCCUCCUUGGUGGGAUGAACAGUGUAUAAGUGCCAUAGCACAAAGGACCUCAGCUUUAGCAACGUACGAACAGGACAGUUUUUUAGCCAACUUCGUCCACUGCAAGAAGGUAUUUGCUGAAACAAAGGAACUCUUCAAACAAAAAUCAAAAAAUAGCUGGAAAGCAUGGAUAUCUAAGUUGAAUAAAAAUACAUCAUCAACCGAUCUCUGGAAACAGGCUAAAAUCAUCAGAAGGAUACCCAUGGGAAAGAAAGCAUCAACUAAUUCUGAUUGGGCAGACGACUUCCAUAGAAAAUGCUCUCCGUCCUUCGUGGCUGCAGAAGUCGAACCUCCCCCACGUUUACAUCAAGACAACUUUUUCAGCAGACCUUUCAACAUGACGGAACUAAAUCUUGCAGUUAAAAAUACCAGAAACACAUCACCUGGCUGCGAUGAUAUCACAUAUCCAAUGCUCGUGAACCUCCCAUCUAAUGCAAAACUAUUCCUUCUGGAUAUAUUUAACAACAUUUGGCUGAAUGCAGACACAAUUAGCCAAUGGAAAAACAUCGCUAUAGUUCCAAUUCUGAAGCCAAACAUGGAUCCCAAUUGCGCUGACUCAUAUCGCCCGAUAUCUCUUUUAUCCUGCAUGAUCUGCAAGGUAUGGUGGGGCUCCUAUCAAAAGAUCGCAAUAUUAUUCUUCAGAUCAUAUGUUAGAUCUAUCCUUGAUUAUGGCAGCAUAUUCUAUGGCUCUGCCAGUAAAAAUCUCCUUCAUAUGCUAGAUAUAACUCAGAAUAAAUUUCUCAGGAAAUGUCUUGGAGCAAUGCAAUCGUCACCAGUCGGACCUUUGCGAGUAGAAGCACAGGAGCCUCCUUUACAUCUUCGAAGGCAAAUGUUAUCUAGCAGAUUUCUACUUAAGGUACAACACGCGGACAGCCACUUACUGAGCAAAAUUCAUCGUCUAAACACCAUGGACUUGACAUGCAAAUAUUGGACCAAAAGUAACUCCCUGCCUCUAUGCAGUGCCAUACAAUAUGCCAACAGAAUACAACUAACCUCUCAUAGCCAACGAUUGAUCCAAGAUAUAAGUUACUUUCAUUUACUAUCAGGAUUUGAUGUUAGAGUACCAGCUUACAAGCAACAACCACACCACAUUCAGAACCUACUUCGAGAAGUGCAGAGUAAAUUAGCAGAAGCUAUUGCUAUAUUCCAAGCCCUACAGUUUGUAGAGGACCACAAUCUUGGUAACACGUCUAUAUUCUCGGACUCCCUCUCUGUUGUCAGUAGUUUAAAAAACGGCAGUCCUUUCGAUAUGCAAAAUAUACACUUAUUCAACAUACGAUGGAAAAUAAGUCAGCUAAAACAACGAGGCCUCAGGAUUACACUAGUUUGGGUGAAGGCCCACUCUGGGAUAAUACACAACGAAAAAGCUGACGAUCUAGCAAAGAUGAGUAUAACAUCUGGAACUAAGCUGGACAUACCCUUAAGCAUGCAAGACAAUCGAGUGAUACUUAAAGGUAAUUUGCUCAAGCGAUGGCGCAGUGAAUGGAUAGAAUACUGUUUUACUAAUCCUAUAAGAUACAACCUCAUACACCCUAGCCUGCCACGAGGAUACUGGCACGAAAAUUUCAAAAUACCCAAGAAAAUAUAUUUCUUGCAUCACCCGUGCGAAAAUAGGACAUGGUGUUUUUCCAUCACACCUUGCAAGAUUAAAUUUGGUCCCAUCUGCACUGUGCGAUGUUUGUGA